CAAAAAACUCUAGUAGGCCAUCUUACCAAUGAACGUGAAAUCCUAUAGAUGUGAUAAUGAACAAAUGAUUAAUGCAUGUUUUAAAGGUACUCUACUCUAUUUUAUCGUCACCCAUGUCAUUUUGGCGCCGCCUCUAUUUGGGCUCUCUUUCCAACAUGUUAUUCGAGAAGUUACGAAGUUCCUUUAAAUAACAGAGUUUCUUUCCCGGCAGGCGCUCCCGUUAUUUCAGUCACUGUCUUAUUUUCGAUUGUUUGCGUUUUGUUUGUGUGCUCGAAGUAUUAGAGGACGCUUCGAUUUAUCAAACGGGGGAAGGGUCUUCUUCAGAUACUGCCUUUUGUUUUGUUUAAUCUGCAGAGUCCCCUUUUCCCGUUUGUUCGUUCCUCAUGAGGGUCCUCGUAUAAGGGAUUUGUCCCCUGCGCUGACUGGCCGAACCAAAGAGUUACUGAUCUUUGGCCAAACAAGGCAUUUGGGUAACUAGCUUAUGAAUGGGUCGUGUUCUGAAGUGUGAUGUGUGUCGAGAAGGCAACGACUGACUAGAGAUGAGAUAUAGCAGGGUUUUUUUUGGUUACGCUUCAAUUUACCAGAAUUUCAACAGUCUUCAAUUUAUUUUUAAUUUUAUGGUGGAGUGAUUUUAUAUGCUUUCUCGAUUAUGGAAUGAUUCCGAAUUGACUAUCCUCACGCGUUGGUCCUUGUGUAUAAAGACUCAUCAUUGUCAUGGUCGGAAAGGCUUAAAUGAGAAAACCUUUAAUGGAAUUCUACGCAAAUGUGCUACAAAUAUCUGUAAUAACCUUUUCGAGAAUGACUCGACAGGGAUGUAGUCUUCGUCCUUUGGCACCUAGCCAUUGUUUGUUAUACUCCAUGGUUUGAUGUGAAGGCAAGGCUGGCUAACAUGUCAGUGGAACCCGUGAUGAGUCAACCGUGGGACGUGUUGCCACCGAACGCGACGCGGGUCGUCAGCCGGGAGAGCAGUGAGCGGCAAGCGUGGAGUGAGUCGCCGUCAGAUCGGACUCAACUUCUCACCGAGGUAGGUCGAAGCUCCUCAAAGGACCCAGUCAACGAAAUGGUGCACGACGACCGUGGUGACAAGAAAAAGACAAGAACGGACUUCCAGUCGAAUGAGGGAAGAAAUCCCGAACACAUUUUGCCGAAUGAGGCAACGACUGGAAACGAGUAUAAAGAUGCACAUCUGAAACCAAAGAUUAAAGUGCCAGAUAAUUCAAAUGGAAGUGUUAAGCCGAUCACGGCUUCAUCCCAACACGACGGGGAGGAUAUACUAUCAAGAGAAGAGAUGAGCAGAAGAGAGUCGACAAACUAUCUUGACUUGAUAGAUGAUUCCAACUUCGUUCCCAUGCCGGGCAUCCAGAGGAGAGAAUCUAAAGAGGCCGUUCAACUUGAUGAAUUCGCUUCGGCAUCAGAUAUGUCUACCGUUCCGACGUCAGCCGGAGGUUUCUGGACUUCCAUCAAGGCCGUGAAUAUUUUAAAAUCAUCAGUCAAGUUAAGAGAGAAAAACAAGCGAAGAAAUAAAAAGGUGUCUGCACAACGCGUUGAUUCUUUCUUGGAGAAAUUCACCACGAGGCGAGCUGAUCUGUCCAAUUAUCCCGAGGACGAGAACGCCAAAUCCGAGGUUGUUGAAGACGAGGAUGAUGACGAGGAAGAGAAAACGAAAACCAUCGUUGACCCGGAUGGCGAUUUCCUAAUGUAUUGGUUGACGGUGGUCAGCAUCGUGGUCAUGUAUAACCUUUGGGUGUUGAUCGCCCGGGAAGCCUGGCCUGAGCUCCAAGAGAAAGGCCGCAUCACGUGGUUCGUCAUUGACUACUUCUGUGAUUUCAUCUACAUUCUGGACAUCGUGGUCCAGUCCCGAACCGCAUACUUGGAGCAGGGUCUCCUUGUCCUAGACGGCAAGAAACUCUUCAGACAUUACCUAAGAUCAUGGCAGUGCAUAGUCGAUUUCCUCUCCCUCCUCCCCACCGAUCUCUUCUACCUCCUUGAUACCAACCGCCUGCACUCAAUCGUGAGAUGUCCAAGGUUCCUUCGGGUUUACAGGUUUCAGUUCUGGUACAUGAAAGUGGAGACGAGGACUCAGUUCCCAAAUACAUUCCGCGUCAUCAACCUCACCCAUGUACUUCUUUUGCUUCUCCACUGGGCUGGAGCAGCCUAUUUUCUCAUUUGCGAAGCCAUUGGUUAUACUUCGGAAACGGACGAUUGGGUGUACGCAGGACCUGUUGGAAGAAAUGCCACCUUGCCUCAUAAAUACCUUGCUUCCUUUUACUGGUCGACAUUGACUCUGACCACCAUCGGCGACCUCCCUGCUCCCGACAACGAAAUCGAAUACUUUGUGCAAAUUGUUGGAUAUCUGGUAGGCAUUUUCAUAUUCGCUACAGUUGUCGGGCAAGUCGGUGCUGUCAUAGAGAAUCGCAAUGCAACCCGGAUGGAAUUCGAACGCCACGUGGAUCAUGCCAAGAGAUACAUGCAAACAAACAACGUGCCUAGAGACGUUCAAUUACGGAUACUAAGAUGGUAUGACUACACAUGGAAACGUGGUGCUACACAAGGCCGAGGGGAUGUCAACUCAUUGGGUCUACUCCCCGACAAACAUCGUACAGAACUCGCUCUCCAUGUUAAUCUACAAACUCUUAAAAGGGUGUCUAUUCUGGAAGUCUGUCCUCCAGAGUUCCUUCACGAUCUGGUCCUGAAGAUGCAUCUGUGUAUCUUCACUCCGGGAGACUUGGUCUGUAGGAAAGGAGAGGUUGCCAGGGAGAUGUUCAUCAUCUCCGACGGUCUCCUGCAAGUCAUUGAUAAGUCUGGAAGAGUGUUAGCUACGCUGAAAUCAGGAGACUACUUUGGAGAGAUUGGCAUACUCGAUCUGGAAGGCACAAGUAAUAGACGAAUGGCUGAUGUACUUUCUGUUGGGUUCUCUGAGCUUUUCUCGCUAUCUAAAGAUGAUAUCCUGGGUGUGCUUAAAGACUACCCAUCUGUAAAGACCGUGAUCGAGAAAGAAGCAAGGAGAAGGCUCAAGACACAAUCGAUGAAGAAAGAACAAUCAGACGACCACGACAACAAGAAUGCCACGGAUGUCGAGGAGGACAUCGACCGUGUCAGUAUCUCCUCAGAAAUGAGUAGUUUCAACUCUCCCAUGGAAAACGGGAAGGACUCCACCAAGCAGGGAUCUCAACAAGGUAACCAGACCAAGCGACACCGUGCGAGUAUAAUCUCGGCCCCCAACGUUCCGGUCAAGAAAAGGAAAGCGUCCAUCCACUCGGGACCUCCCGAUGUCGCCAUGAAGGAGAUAAUGUCGAUGGUUGAGAAAGUCGUGUCGGAGAAAAUUAACUCUUUUGCCGAGAAUGCUCGCCUGUUGAAAGAGACGAACGUGGAUAUUAGAGAGAGGUUCAGGCUACUCCAAAACGAGAACGAGAGCAAGACUGCAAAGAUACAAGCUUUAGAAAAACGUAUCAAAGAAUUAGAGAACUAAAAUGGU